UGCUUCAUUCCUGUUUUUUUUCCGUAAGAGGAAGGAUGCCUUCUGCUUCAAAUAAUACAACAAAUACUAAGCUAGCGAAACAAACCUCCGUGAGUUCAAUGAAUUCUGGUGGCCCGAGUGGAACUAGUGGUAGUGGUAAGGGCAAUAAAAAAAUAACGGAAAAUUCGGCCAAAUCCACCAACAGUAACAUCAGCAGCACCAACAAUGAGACAUCAAGCAACAAAUCCACUAAAGAAAAUACCAACAAUGUGGUGGCCGCCUCUGCUGCUAAUGUCGCUGGCCAAAAUAGCAGCAACAGCAGCAGCGCCAACAACAAUGGAAAAAAUUGGGAAACCAAUUCAGCGACUGGUAAUUCCGUAACAGCAGGCCCUGUGGCCAACAAGGAUGCCAGCAAUGAUGCCCUGAAUCCCAUGAAAUUGACUUUUACCACAAUUGAGCAUAAAAUACGCAAUUUGGAAAAACGAAAGACGAAAUUGGAAGGCUAUCGUGCCCUUGAUGCCAUGGGUAAGGAGUUGAGUUCUGAACAACGUGCUGCUGUUAACAAAUACGAUGCAGUAUUGGCUACUUUGGAAUUUGCCAGAGAUUUGGUAAAACAAAUGCAACAAUUCGCCAAGGAUGCUGAAAAGGAGCAGAAGAAGCAGGCGCGUAAGGAUUUGAUUGCCAAAGCCCAAGCGGAAACGGUCAAAAUACGGGAAGUUCUAAUAAUACAAAACAUAUUGUCUUGCUUCACGGACGAUGCUGUACGCAAUGAUUUUCUGAAUGGAGAAAAUGGUGCCGCAAAGUUAGAGCAAAGCGAAUUGGACAUUUUGGAAAAAUUCUGUUUGGAUGUUCAGACUAGACGCCCUGAAACAUCUGAGGAUGCGCCCUUUGCCACUUCGGCUCAAAAAGCAGCAGAAAUUUUCUCAAUGACCAUUGAUGCACGUCCCAAACAGUAUGGCGACACAACCUAUGAAAAUGUUAAGAGGAUUUUCCAUCGUAUACAGGAGUCAGAUUAUUUGGAUAAAAUCUACUUGACAGAUGUGCCAGAAACUGAAAUCAAGGAAGAUGUCGUUGAAGUUGCUGGUGGAGAUGGCAUUAACACCGAUGCCAUUGCUAUGGAAGAUGGUGGCGGCGGCGGUGGAGUCGCUGUAGAGCAUGUUGGAAAUGGUCAGGAUGAAAUGGUUGCCGUAGAAGAGGCCAUGGAAAACUUGAAUGUGGAAAGUAAUGUGACGACAAAUGUCCUUACAGGAAACGAAACCAAUGAAAAUGCUUUGUUAGCUCAACAGCAACAGCAGCAGCAACAACAACAAGUGGCACAACAUCAUCAGCCACCAGCACAUCAGCCAGGAAUGCAGCAACAACAUGCAGAACAUUUAGAACUGCAACAACCGCAUCAGCAGGUUCUGCCACAUCCGGCAAAUAUUCCAGCACCUACUGGCCAGCCCUUGUUGCAGACACCUAUGGCUCCGCCAGCUUCAGCAGUGCCCGCAUUUCAGGGUACCACACCAGCACCCCACUCUGGUGCUACUACGCCCGUUCAUGUGGCUAUGUAUGCUACAUUACCAGGUCCUGGACCUCAGCAAAUGCAACAAAUACCACCUGGAGGUGCCAUAAUAGGUGGUAGUGGAGGUGCAGUUCCACCACAAAGUGCAGCAGGUCAGAUUGUAACGGGCUUACCGCCACAACAGCAACAACAGCCAGUGGUUCCACAACCGGCCAAUGUUGGUGGUCCUCCUCAAAAUCAACAACGUCAACAGAUUUUAAAUAGCCCGGCAAAUCCUCCGGCUGGUAUGGCACCUUUGCAACAACCCCCACUGCCACCACCGGGUCUGUACAAUCCUACACCUGUGCAUGCUGUGGAGCAGGGAUUCUUUAAGCAUCCCCCACAUCAUCAACAACAGCAGCAACAGGCCCAAGCACAACAACAACAUCAACAGUAUUUACAACAAAUGCGCCCCUUGGCUGAAGUCAUCGGUGGUGGAAACUUCUAUUUCCUGCAGGACAGCGAAUUGGAUUCACCCGAAUUGAAUGCACAAGGUCAGGCUGGACCACAGACUACUUUAAUUUUUGAACAACAACAACAACAGCAGCAGCCACAGGUGCCACCUGCCCAACAGCCACAACAGCAGCAGCAGCCACAAAUGAUGCCGCAGCAAACUCCACACCAGCAACAGCAGCAGCAAGUUGCUUUACAAAAUCUCCACCAUCAACAGCAGCAGCAACAGAAACCCUCACCAAAUAUUUUGCCGGAACAACAACAACAACAAAAUCCUCAACAGAUAUUGACAAAUGGAGUGGGGCCAACACCUCCACCUCAACAGCAACAACAGCAGGUGACAGUUGGUAACAUGCCUCCACAGCAGCAACAAUCGCAGUUGCAACAACAACAAACACCUAUUCAAACUCAAACAUUCACAAAUCAAUCAUUCCCGCAAUUGGCUGGAGCAGCUCAACAAGCCCAGACAGCCACCGCUAGUAUUUUGACCAGUAAUACCCCAAGCCCGUUGUUCCACCAACAACAACAGCAGCAACAACAACAACAACAACAGCAGCAGCAGCAACAGGUGCAACAACAGCAUCCACAAUCACAAAAACUGAACAAUCAACAGCAACAACAAUUGUUUUCACCAGUUCAAAGUCAAAGCAUUCAAAAUUCCCAACAACACCAACCACCAGUACCCUCGCAAAUGCUAAUGACUGGGGCCAUGGAUGCCGUGCAACAGGCCAAUCCAGGUUUGAUGCUAAUGAAUCGAUUAGGCCAGGCUCCACAAAAUCAAUUGAUGCAACAACAACUUCAACAAAGUUUGCCCCAGCAACAACAACCGCAACAGCAGCCACCACAGUCACAGCAUCAACAACAGGCGAAUACAGGUGGUUUAUUGCAACAACAACAACAGAUUCCUCCUACUGCUCAGAACAUAAUGACUGGCGGUGGUAACAUCCAAACCCCUCAUCAUCAAAUGUCUAAUCCCAACCAACAAACAGACUUGAAUAAUACACCCAAGAGUGGAGGAUUUCCAUUUGACAAUCCCGUGGUUGCCGGUCUCAGUUAUGAACAGCAGAGACAAAAUCAACUCAAUAAUGCUGCCAAUGUUCUCAAGAAGUCUUUGGGAGUGCGAGAAGAUGAACCACCGCAGGCUAAGGCACCCACCUCUAUUAACAAAAAUGAUUUGAUCAAUGAGUGGAGUGAUGCUGGUCUAAAGACUGCGGGAGAUUACAAAGCUUCUGGCAUUGUGCCGUCGGAAGGUACAGCAAACAAAUGGAACACCGAGGUCAAUGCCAAUUCACCAAUUACGGUACAAAGCGCCAGCCAACAGCCUCGUAAAAAUGAAUGGACAUCAACAACUACGUCUGCUGGUAGUGGAGGCGUUAGCUCCAACACUACAGCAGAUAGUUACGGCAAUGAUAACCGCCAGGAAAACAGCAACCAUUGGCAUUCGCAAGAUUCUCAAGGAGGUUAUGGUCGUAACUCAGGCAGUCGCAAUCCAAGUAGUGGUGGUGUUGGAGGCGGCGUAGGUCCAGGCCAAGCCAGCGGCGGUGGAGGUGGAUAUCAAAGACGUAACGAUGAUCGUAGAGAUGACCGGAGGCCAGGAGGAGGCAAUGCAGGCGGAGGUGGUGGCUAUAGAGGUCGCUCUAAUUUCGGUUCAGGUGGACCCCAACAGAAUGGUAAUGCCCGUGGCGGAGGCCAGUCUGGUGGCAUCUAUUUCCGGAAUAAUGAGAACAACAACUCUGGUGGUGGCUACUAUCAGAACGGUGGCGGCGGUGGCAACGUCUAUGCGAAUAAAGACAGUGGAUCCCGCUAUGAUUCUGGAGGUGCUGGAAAUUAUCGCGGAAGUCGAACGGCGGGCAACAACUCCGCAAAUCCACGUAGUAAUGGACCUCCACCACGACAUAUGGGCGGCGGACGCACUGGAGGAGGUCAACAAGGCAGCACAUCUAAUGCUAACUCGAAUUCAUACAUGAACUCACGACAGUCCUCAAAUCGUAUGCCUUUGGGCUUAGAAAAUAAGAACUAAAAAAAAAACAAA